AUGAGCGAUCAUCUCUCGCAGCAGCUAACAAUGCUGCAAUCUGUAGAGCGAGCGCUCUCCAACUUUAAAAAAGUUGGCAGAGCCAAUUACACUGCGGCUAAGAUUCGUCAACGAAUGUCAACCUUGAAGGAGACCUGGACACGGUGCAUCGAGAAGCACGCUAUCCUGGCACGAGCGUUCACCGCCGAGCAGCAGCGGACCAUGGACUACUUUUCGAACACGAUCUUCGAAAAUUGCGAGGAAUACUACGAGACAACCCUCGACUACAUGGCCGACUGCCUCGAAGAGCUGGAUCCAACGCCCACCAGAACGAGCCUGUCGCAGUCCACGAUAAGUACCGCUGAACCAUCGUCCUUUUCAUUAACUCAUUUGCCGCCGAUUCAACUACCGCCGUUUUCGGGAAAUGUCGAGGACUGGGAGAGCUUCCGCGAUCGCUUUACUUCUCUCAUAAUUCAAAAUACCGAAUUAACUGCAUUUUCGCGGAUGCAUUUCCUAGCUUCAAGUCUCACCGGUCGUGCGUUCGACACUAUAAAAUCUAUUCAAAUCACCGCGGAUAAUUUUGAUAUCGCGUGGAAAACAUUAGUUUCACGAUUCGACAAUAAGCGACGGCUCGUCGACGUGCACGUAUCAGCGCUAUACUCUCUGCCGACGGUCGCUCGCGAAUCCGCUGUCAAACUUAACGCACUUCGCGACAAAGCGAAUCGCGCUAUCGCUUCUUUAAAAAAUUUAAAUCGAUCACCCGAUCAAAUGUUGAGCGAUAUGUUAGUUUUUAGCGUCACGCAAAAACUUGAUCACGCCACUCGGAAAGCGUGGAAGUUAAAAACCGGUGACGACCCGAACAUUCCUUCGUAUAAAGCUCUCGACCGAUUUCUCGACACGCGCAUUCGUGCAUUGGAGGAAAUCUCUCCGGCUAAUGCUUCCAAAUUCUCGCGCGCGCCAAAAGUUACCAGUGCUAACGCCACUGCCUCUGGUUUAUCGUGCCCACUAUGUCGGGCCGCGCAUUUCAUUAACAAAUGUCCGCAGUUUUUGCGGAGGACUCCGAGUCAACGCCUUGAAGUCAUUUUAAAAGCGAAGCGAUGCGUCAAUUGUUUGAGCGCAAAGCACGCUGUACAAACUCGUGCAGAACUUGCCAAAGCAAGCAGUCAAUACUCGUGCAGAACUUGUCAAAACUCUAUCGCGAUCACUUCGGCCACGGCAUUAUGCUCCCAGCUAACAGGCGUCGCGCUCCCGCAAGUGUUACUCGCGACGGCCCGCGUCACCGUCAGUGCACCGUCGGGUCGGACUCUCACCGUGCGAGCGCUUCUUGAUCAAGGCUCGGAGAUCACCUUCAUCACGGAGCGUCUCGCACAAACUCUCAGAAUGCGUCGCAUUCGCCAACCACUCUCGAUUUCCGCCGUCGGCGGAAUGAACGCCGGAACUUGUCAAUUCGCCGCUAAGAUUCGGAUCGCUCCGAUCAAUCAAGCUGCUCCCGUGUUCACGACAACCGCAUCGAUUCUCAGAUCUCUCACAAAAUAUUCGCCUUACAAAGCAAAUUCUAGCUAUGAUUGGAGCUAUAUAAGCGAUCUCAAUCUGGCCGAUCCGAAUCCAACAAGCGCUGACCCGAUCGAAAUCCUUAUCAGAGCAGACUUAUAUGGCGAGUUGCUGCUUAGCGGCGUUCGUAAAGGCGCCCCUGGGCAGCCAAUUGCGCAGCAAACCAUUUUCGGCUGGGUUUUGUCGGGGCCCAUUUCCGAGCUGUCGACGCAAUCGCGAGCGAUCACCGUUCAGCAUUGCGCGAAUUCGGAGGCUCUAGAUCAGGAGCUCAGACGAUUCUGGGAAAUCGAAGAAACUCCUCGACAGGCUCUCCUCAGCCCUGAAGAGCAGCAAUGUGAGGAGCAUUUCACAGCCACGCAUUCGCGCAGUGCUGACGGCCGAUACACAGUGCGCCUUCCGUUUAAGCGCGGUCCGCCGAUCGACAUCGGCGAUUCGCGCCACACGGCGGAACGCUUCUUGCGAGGCUUACAUCGUCGCUUCCUUCUACAUUCCGACCUUCGUGCGGCAUACGCCGAAUUUAUGCACGACUACGAAUCAUUAGGACAUAUGAACGAAGUGAAGAGCGAUCAAGUCGCCUCGCAGGAAGUGAUCUCCCUCAUCAUCCUGUCAUUCGCGACAGUAGCGUCACGACAAGAUUGCGAGUCGUAUUCAACGCGUCGAGUCUGA